CCAUGUGAAAUGGUUAGGUGACGUCAAGUCUCAUUUCACGGAGAGUGAAACAAACAUGGCGACAGAAUGGAGUGGGCAGGGGUAUAUUCUCACUGUUAUAGUUUUCUUAUGGACUGGAUUUGGUGAAUGUUCGGGGACAGCGGUUGCCGAGGUCAAUGAGAGACGAAUCUUUGGCAUGCGGCUGCUACACAGCGACAAGGAGGCGACGGUCACAGACCAGGGGAUCAUCCAGGUAGUCGAGGACUCUCACAUCCUUCUCAGACUCUACGGACUACAGAUCAAUAAUGACACCUGGGCAGAUAUUAAGUUUACGGAACACGGCGACGACGAUGAUGACAAUGGUGACUUUAACAGGACUUGUGCACAUUUUACCAAAGAUAUUGUCAUUUGGACUAACAUGACCGCAAAUGUCAAGGGUACAGCCGCGGUACUGAGCCUAAAAAUUAAACAGCUUCGGAAAAACGAGCCACACAAGGAAUAUGGUUUGUGUGUCAGACAAGAACAAGAUGGUAAGUGGUACCUGUUGGGAAAGCCUGACGGUUGGUUACAGGUGGUCGAGGAGAAAGCGAGUUUACUUCCCUUGUGGUUUCAGAUUAUACUCAUAUGCUUCCUCUUGGUUCUGUCUGGCAUGUUCAGUGGGCUGAAUCUUGGGCUUAUGGCUUUGGAUCCAAUGGAACUCAGAAUCGUUCAAAGUUGUGGUACCGACAAAGAGAGGAAAUAUGCGCGUAAAAUAGAGCCCAUACGAAGGAAAGGAAACUACUUAUUAUGCUCACUUCUUCUCGGAAAUGUGUUAGUCAACACCACGCUAACCAUCCUGCUUGAUGACCUCAUAGGGUCAGGUUUUGGUGCUGUGAUUGCCUCCACGAGUGGUAUCGUGGUGUUCGGCGAGAUUGUGCCCCAGGCACUGUGCUCUCGUCACGGUCUGGCUGUCGGCGCCAAUACCAUCAUGGUCACCAAAUUAUUCAUGUUACUCACAUUCCCGCUUUCGUUUCCCAUCAGCAAAUUACUGGACUGUGUGCUAGGUCAGGAGAUUGGCACAGUCUACAAUCGGGAGAAGUUGGUGGAGAUGCUGAAAGUGACAGAGCCAUACAACGACCUCGUGAAAGAGGAGCUUAACAUGAUCCAGGGUGCUUUGGAGCUUCGGACUAAGACCGUGGAAGAUGUGAUGACCCCUGUAAAUAACUGCUUCAUGAUCAGCAGUGAUGCUGUGCUUGACUUCAACACCAUGUCAGAGAUCAUGGAGAGUGGCUACACGCGCAUCCCAGUGUUCGACGACGAACGUUCUAAUAUCGUGGACAUCCUCUUCGUCAAGGACUUGGCCUUCGUGGACCCCGAUGACUGCACAACCCUCAAAACCAUCACCAAGUUCUACAACCAUCCGGUCCACUUCGUGUUCCACGAUACCAAGUUGGAUUCCAUGUUGGAAGAGUUCAAAAAAGGUAAAUCUCACCUGGCCAUCGUCCAGAAGGUCAACAGCGAGGGUGAGGGAGAUCCCUUCUAUGAGGUGCUGGGUCUCGUCACUCUGGAAGAUGUCAUUGAGGAGAUCAUCAAGUCUGAGAUCCUUGACGAGUCCGACCAAUACACUGACAACCGCACCAGGAAAAAAGUGGACCCCAACAACAAGAAUAAGAGGGACUUCUCCGCCUUCAAGCACGAGAGCGAGUCCAAGGUGAAGGUCUCGCCCCAGCUGCUGCUGGCUGCGCACCGCUUCCUGGCCACAGAGGUGGGCCUAUUCAGCCCAGACCAGAUCUCGGAGAAGGUUCUUCUGAGAAUCCUCAAGCACCCAGACGUGAUCCAGGAGAUCAAGUUCAACGAGAAUGACAAGCGCUCGCCACAGCACUACAUCUACCAGAGGGGCAAAGCUGUCGACUACUUCAUCCUCAUCUUGCAGGGUCGUGUUGAAGUGGAAGCAGGAAAUGAGAACAUGAUGUUUGAGACUGGACCCUUCUCUUUCUACGGAGUCAUGGCUUUGGGUGACCAAGCACCACCCUCAGUGGUCCCCCCUCGUCCUCGUUUCUUCUCUAAGGGUGCUCUGUUCUCUUGGUUGCCAGCCUUCCGCUCUCCAUCUCACACGGGUGGCCUGAACCACUCGGGCUCCAUCAGCCUGUCCGAGCGCCCCGAAAACCUAGCCUUCAGCGGUAGCAACAGCCAGCUCAACAGCCCUGCCAACCCGCAGUAUGUCCCUGACUUCUGUGUCAGGGCUCUCACAGACCUGCAGUACGCCAAGAUCACACGCUCCCAGUACCAGAAUGGGCUGAUGGCGUCCCGACUGGACAGCUCUCCGCAGUCUCCAGAGAGUAGCCACGUCGGGCUGGAGUCAGCCCAGACCGAGGCGCAGGAGGCGGCGGCCGACGAGACCACCUCCCUCCUCAAUGACCAGAACCUGCUGCCCACCCACCAGACCAACCACAACUCUCACACAGACAGCAAUGUGUGAUAUACACACAAACAUACAUGCGCACACACACACACACACACACACACACACACACACACACAC